UUUAAAUUGGAGCGCACGUUCAUUCGAGACCCACACGCUGCCAUCUUUGAUGCCGAUUUGAUCCUUGUCGUCGUCGACGCCUCGAACAAGUACUCGAGGGAGGCACUUGACCCAGAAGUCCUCAAAACCCUCCACUUUUUCUCGACAAAGGAGUCUGUUCUCGUUUUGAACAAGGUUGACAAAUCUAAGGGUAAUCCGACACGCCUGCUUGAGGUAACCCGACGCCUCACAGCCGGCGUCGUAGGUGGCAGGACCUCGCACCUGGACGCCUUUGCGAACAAAUUCAAUCAGCGAGCCCUCCUCGCCUCCAACGAGGCCUUCCUGAAACACCGACCAACCAUCGAGGCCGUCAUCUACCCCCGUCUACCCGCGGAGGCUCACGAAGCAGCUGAGAAACGUCUUAGUGAGAUUAAGCGUCUCCUUGCCGCCCUUCCACCACCAAUUCAAAUCGAUUCAGGCCCUCGCUUGCCACCUCCGCCUUCUCCUCCUCCUCCACCCACGCCUCCUCCAACGCUUCUUCUCAGGGAGGCGCAACCCGAAUUGGAACACACCAGUAAGAUCUUGACUCUGCAGUUGGGCUUCGAGGGGACCAUUGUUGGGUCAGGUGACACACAGGUGUCACGGCUUGAUUCACGCAGCCGUCCAAUCCGGUGGCAGGAGGUUUUGGCGGUAAACGUGGACCGAUUCGCGCCACACAGACAUCUGCGGAAGUCACAGACGCACAGGGGAGCAAUUGUACAACCUGGUGGAUGUCCAGACGAUGGGGACACUGGAAAACGAGGAUCUGGCCGGACGCCCGAGUGA